GCUGCGCUGCGGUUGGCCGCGGCGGAAUGGAGCAGCUGGGGGUGGAGCCCGCGGAGGAAGCUGGCGGCGACGAGGAAGAGGACGCGGUGCAGGCCAUGGAGCGGGUGGAGGCGGGGGAGACCGGCGGCUCGCCCGGUGCGCCCGGGCCUGAGGAGCCCGGCGGCCUCGCUUGGUUGGUUCCAGAAGAAAGUUCUUCAUCCAGAGUCAUAGUACACGUGGAUCUGGAUUGCUUUUAUGCACAAGUAGAAAUGAUUUCAAAUCCGGAACUGAAGGGCAAACCUUUAGGAGUUCAGCAGAAAUAUUUGGUGGUUACCUGUAACUAUGAAGCUAGGAAACUUGGAGUUAAGAAACUUAUGAAUGUCAGAGAUGCAAAAGAAAAAUGUCCACAGCUGGUAUUAGUUAAUGGAGAAGAUUUGACUCGUUACAGAGAGAUGUCAUAUAAGGUUACAGAGUUGUUGGAAGAAUUUAGUCCAGUUGUUGAGAGACUUGGAUUUGAUGAAAAUUUUGUGGAUCUAACAGAAAUGGUUGAGAAGAGACUACAGCAGCUUCAAAGUGAUGAACUUUCAGCGCUGACUGUGUCGGGUCAUGUAUAUAAUAAUCAGUAUAUAAACCUGCAUGACAUCGUGCACAUCAGACUACUUGUUGGAUCUCAGAUUACAGCAGAAAUGCGGGAAGCCAUGUAUAAUCAACUGGGUCUCACUGGCUGUGCUGGAGUGGCUUCUAAUAAAUUACUGGCAAAAUUAGUUUCUGGUGUUUUUAAACCAAAUCAGCAAACAGUGUUAUUACCUGAAAGUUCUCAAGUUCUCAUUCAGAGCUUGAGCCAUGUAAAGGAAAUGCCUGGUAUUGGCUAUAAAACUGCCAAACGUCUUGAAGCGCUCGGUAUCAGUAGUGUGCUUGAUCUUCAAACCUUUUCACCCAAAAUAUUAGAAAAGGAGUUAGGAAUUUCAGUUGCUCAGCGUAUCCAGAAGCUCAGUUUUGGAGAAGAUAACUCACCUGUGACGCCCUCAGGACCACCUCAGUCCUUUAGUGAAGAAGAUUCAUUUAAAAAAUGUUCAUCAGAAGUCGAAGCUAAAAGUAAGAUUGAAGAACUACUUGCCAGUCUUUUGAACAGAGUAUGCCAAGAUGGAAGGAAGCCACAUACAAUCAGAUUAAUAAUCCGUCGGUAUUCAUCUGAGAAUCACUGUAGCCGUGAGAGUCGUCAGUGCCCUAUUCCAUCUCAUGUGAUUCAGAAGUUAGGGACAGAUCACAAAGAGUGGAAUUGCUGGGUUAUAUGGUAAGUUGAACUUUAAGAAACUACCAAACUUUUUCCCAAAGUGAGUAUAACAUUUACAUUCUUACCAAGAGUGUAUGAGGGUUCCGGGCUUUCAUAUUCUCUCUCACACUUAGUAUUGUCAGUUUACUCUAUUAUAGUCAUUCUUGUGGCCUUGCAGUGGUAUUUCAUUAUGUUUUGUGGGGGUUUUUUUUUUCUCUUUUAUGGAUACUGCUUUUGGUGUCUUAUUUAAAAAAUCUUUGCCUAACCCAAAGGUCACAGAUAUUUCCUCCUGUGUUUUCUUUUAGAAAUUUAUAGUUUUAAGCUUUACACUUGAUCUAAUUUGAGUAAAUUUUUGUGUAUGGUGUAAGAUAAGAGGCUUAGUUCAUUCUUCUGUAUGUGGAUAUCCAGUUGUUCCAAAAGAAUUUGUUAAACAGAUCAUUCUUUCUUGAAUUGUCAUGGCACCUUUGUCAAAAACUAAUUGACUCUAAAGAAGUUUACUUCUUGAUUUUCUUAUUUCAUUGAUUUAUGUGGUUAUCCUUAUAUCAGUUCCACCCUGAUACUUUGUUAUAAGUUUUGAAAUUAAAUAGUGUAAAUACUCCAGCUUGUUCUAUUUUGAAUUUCUUUUGGCUAUUCAUGGUCCUGGGCUUUUGUUUGUAGGAAGAUUUUAAAAUAGGAAUUUGAUUUUUUAUUUAUUUUAAGUUUAUUCUAAUUUUCUAUUUAUUUUGAAUCAGUUUUGGUAACUUUUAUCUUCUAGGAAUGUAUCCAUUUCAUUCAAGUUGUCUAGUUUGUUGGCAUGAAGUUGUCAAUAUUCCCUUAUUAUCCUUCUAAUUUUUGUAGGAUCUAUAGUGAUGUCUCCUCUUUCAUUCCUGAUUUUGGUAAUGCAUGUAUUCUCCUUUCUUCUUUAUCAUUCUAGCAAAGGUUUAUCUGAGUGAGGCCUCACUCAAAGGUUUUAUUGAUCUUUUUCUAAGAUCCAACUUUUGGUAUCAUUGAUUUUUCUGUUGUUUUUCUACUUUCUAUUUCAUUUAUUUCUGCUCUGUCUUUAAUUUAUUUCUGCUUGCUUUAAUUUGUCCUUUUCCCUCUGGUUUGUUAAGAUGGAAGCUUAUAUUAUUUGUUUUAUACUUAUUUUCUAGUAAUUCAAGUUUAAAGUGAUACAUUUCCUUUUAUUGGUGCUUUAGCUGCAUUCCAUAACAUUUGUUGUAUUUCCUUUUCAUUAAGGUCAAAAUCAUUUCUAAUAUCCCUUGUGAUUUCUUCUUUGACCCCUAAGCUCAUUUAGAAAUUUGUUGUUUAGGGUGCCUGGGUGGCUCAGAUGGUUAAGCGUCUGCCUUUGGCUCAGGUCAUGAUCCCGGGGUCCUGGGAUCGAGUCCCACAUCGGGCUCCCUGCUAGGCGGGGAGCCUGCUUCUCCCUCUGCCUCUGCCUCUCUCUCUCUCUCUCUGACUCUCAUGAAUAAAUAAAUAAAACAUUUAAGAAAAAAAAAAAAGAAAUUUGUUGUUUAAUUUCCAAAUAUUUGAUGAUUUCCCAAAUUUCAUUCUGCUGUUGAUUUCUGCUUUAAUUUCAUGUUGAUCAGAGAACAUAUUUUGAGUAAUUUCAGUCUGUCUAGAUUUACUGAGUGUAAUUUUAUUGCCUAGCAUAUGGUCUGUCCUGGAAAAUGCACCAGUUAUGUUUGAAGAGUUGAGCAACACUAUUAAACCAUUCUACCUAAAAUUUAUGGAAGACUCAGAUAUAGCAUUUUUGAAUGGCAGUUUGUCUGGAUAUAGAAUUCUUGACUGUAGGGGCGCCUGGGUGGCUCAGUCGUUAAGGGGCUGCCUUCGGCUCAGGUCAUGAUCCCAGGGUCCUGGGAUCGAGCCCUGCCAUCGGGCUCCCUGCUCCGCAGGAAACCUGCUUCUCCCUCUCCCACUCCCCCUGCAUGUGUUCCCUCUCUCACUGUGUCUCUCUCUGUCAAAUAAAUAAAUAAAAUCUUAA